AUGGCCUCGCAGCCGCAACGCCUGCUUGCUCAAUAUUCCCUCCCACUAACGUCGGAAACAGCCCUCCCGGCCGUGGUACUGCCGACCCCGAGCGACCUACGCGCCGUGCGCCGUAUCCUUGCCCAGUGUGGCCUACCCGCGGAGCUCGUUUUCUCCAUCCUCCACGAGGCUGCCUAUUACGCCGCCGUGCGUAGUACGCUCCGUGACUGGGACCCCGCGCCGUACGACGAGGAUAACGACGGCGACAACAACGACUAUGACGACGACAUGGGAGAUAUAAUCUAUGGGAUCGACGAUGACAUCGACGAUACUACCAACAACGCCAGGUCAGAGCACAGCUCAGACACGCACCCAAACAACCAUGCGCCGGACAACGUGGGCGCGCCCUUGCUCAUCGACGCCGGAUUGGGCUGCGUAAAGCCAGAUGGCGGCAGCUGUGCGGCGCGCCUCUGCAUGCUCACCCCGCCGCUCCCUCACGGUGCCCCGGGCGAAACGUGGCGCGCCAAGGCGGUCGUCUGGGACGUCGAGGGCCACGACCAGGGCUGGGGCGGCGAACGGCCAGGCACCUUCGACGCCGCAUACUCGUGGUACGAGGCGACUAUCAUCCGGCCCACGUCCUCCGCAGAUGCCCUGAGCGACCAUCCCAGGCGCACGCUCGCGUCCUGCUGGGACACACUCAAUCGGCCGCACUGCUCCCCCGAGACAGCGCGCCCUCUCCUCACUUCGCUCGGCUACACGUUCGUAGAGGCGGGCGCCGACUCGGGCCCAGCAUGGUUCGUGCAGCGCAACCGCGUCGCGCGCGGGAAGUUCGCCCGCUACCACGUUGAGUGGAGCACAGACGGCGCGGUGCUGCCCCCGGGGUCUGGCCCGGGCGCGGGCUUCUUGGAAGCGCUCCGCCCGGGGGAUGUCGUCGCGCUUUGGAUGCGCGCGAUGUACCCUGGCUGGGCGAACACUCUCCGGGCGGCGUCGGUGAAGGUUCUGUACGAUGUGUACUGAGGCGAAAUCUGUGAGACUGAUGUAUGCUGAACACGUUAUCUGAGGCGACUCACCCUUCCACUCGUAAAUUUGUACACGUACCCGAUCACAUGCAUGUAGACUUUCGAAGCCGGCAGUGUGGCGCUGUACCCGUUUUUGGAGCUUGA